AUGGCGAUCCUCUUGGCCGCCACCCGCAUCGCUCAGCCUCUUGCCCGGCUGGCCCUGAAGGCUCCGCACUGCAAGGAUGUCGCUGCCACCGGCCUGCGCCUGCUUCCCGAGGUUCAGGCCACGGCCCCCGGCUGGAGGAGCCAGCGCUGCUACGCCACUGAGGUGGAAGAGAUCGGCCAGCGCCCCGUCCUUAUCACGGGCUGCGACUCGGGCUUCGGCUUCUCCUUGGCCAAAUUCCUCCACGGGAAAGGCUUCAUCAUCUACGCUGGGUGCCUGCUGAAGGAGCAAGGCCGGGGGGGCGCGAAGGACCUGGACAACAUGAAGAGUGACCGAAUGAGGACCGUCCAGCUCAACGUCUGUGACAGUGAGGAGGUGGGGCGUGCCGUGGACUACAUCACCAGCAACCUGAAGGAUCCGGAGACCGGAGGGCUCUGGGGACUGGUCAACAACGCUGGGAUUUCCACCUUUGGGGAGGUGGAAUUCACCAGCAUGGACACCUACAAAGAAGUGGCCGAAGUGAAUCUCUGGGGCACCAUCCGGACCACCAAGGCCUUCCUGCCCCUGAUACGGAGAGCCAAAGGCCGCGUGGUCAACAUCAGCAGCAUGAUGGGCCGGAUGGCCAACCCCGCCCGCUCCCCUUACUGCAUCACCAAGUUUGGGGUGGAGGCCUUCUCCGACUGCCUGCGCUACGAGAUGCGUCCGCACGAUGUGAAGGUCUGCAUCGUGGAGCCGGGCAACUUCAUCGCCGGCACCAGCCUCUACAGCCCUGAGCGCAUCCAGUCCAUCGCGGACAAGAUGUGGGACGAGCUGCCAGAGAUCGUGCGCCGUGACUACGGGCGGAAGUACUUCGACGAGCAGAUCGCCAAGAUGGAGUCGUACUGCAGCAGCGGCUCCUCCGACACCUCGCCGGUCGUGGAGAGCAUCGGCCACGCCCUCACCUCCACCACGCCCUACACCCGCUACCACCCCAUGGACUACUACUGGUGGCUGCGCAUGCAGGUCAUGACCCACAUGCCCGCGGCCAUUUCUGACCGCCUCUACAUCUACUGAGGGGGGAGGAGGGGCCCUGCUGGAGCCGAACCGGCGAGGGACGGUCACGCUAAAGGUUAUGCUGCACAAUUCUCCGGCAGCCGCUCGGUUAGUUGGUUUUAAAGUCUGUAUUUUAGGCCUGUGAUUAAUUUAAACAUUGGGACGUAAUUUA